AAGUGAAUCAAAAGUAUGUUUAUAAAAAAAAAAAAAAAAAAAAGUCAUUGAAUCAUAUUAACAUUUUUUUUUCUUUAGUGCGGUGAUUAUAUGGAACAAGGGUCCAGAUAACUCUCCUAUCAAUAUUGGUCUUGUUGCUGGAGCUGAUGCAUCUUUAUCUUCUAACAGUAUUGUGAUUGCUGAAAACGUCAGUGGAUCUCUUGGUACUGUAGUAUAUCCUAUCCCUUCUUCUCUUGCUAACUCUACUGAUGCUUGGCGUGUGGCUAUUUCUCAUGGUUCUGAUCCAAUCAAGUAUUCUGCUCCUUUUUAUAUCACAAGUAAUGCCAAUCAACAAGCUCAACCUUCCUUCACUGCUUCUGCCAACAAUGCCGGUUACUCAGCCGUGGCUAGUAUCAGUAUUUUGGGUCCUAACGGUCAACCACUUCACGUAAGCAGUAGUGAUGCUUCUUCUGUUGGUGCGUUUGUUGUGUCUUAUAUGAUUGUACCUAUCGUCAUUAUCAGUUACAUCUUGAUGUAAAGUUUUUUUUUUUUAUUUAUCAUCAUCUACCCUUAUUGUUUAUUUAUAUGUAUAGUAUAUCAUCAUUUUUACAUAACAUUUUUUAGAUCUUUUUUAUUUUAUUUUAUAUACCAUUCCCUUCAUUAUUCAAAUACGUCUCCCUUAUUCCCUUUUAUUUAGACUUAUAUUAGAUUUCAUUAUUAUUAUUACUUACCUAUUAUUUUUUUUUAUUAAUCAUUAUUUCCUAUUACCUUUGUAAAUGAUACUAUUUUAUCUAUCUUAUCAAAUAAACCAUUGAUCAUUUUUAUUUUGUAUAUUUCCAACAGAGCCUAAAAUUAUUAUCCAAAUUGGGAAGAACGAU